AGAGGCAGGCAGGUGGUUCAGAAGCGGCGGAGGCGUGUGGGUGCCUGAACGCCCACCCUUUCCCGCUGGCAUUGAGGAUCAUCAUCAGCCCUAAGAGGAGGAGAAGGAUAAGCAACACCACGGGAUCAGCACUCUGAAAACACUUGCUGCUCCGGACCACUCUUUCCCCCUCUUUAGGAAUACAAAAACAUUUCGCAGCCAUGUCGGCAGAGAUGUGGAGAUGGACUUGCCUCAUCACGCACCUCCUCCUCUGCACUAUGACGUUGCCUUCAGUCGGUCGGCAACAGCCUUCCCACCCAAACAGACCUUUCCUCACCUUCACUGUGGACAUGGCAGAGGUGUAUUUUAACCACUUAGUGGUGGACGAGAGGAAAGGACACAUUUACUUGGGAGCCGUCAAUUGGAUCUACAAACUUUCCAGUGAUCUGGAGGUGCUGAAGUCUCAUCAGACGGGUCCGGAUCUUGACAACCCAAAGUGUUAUCCUCCCAGGCUGGUGCAGACUUGCAAUGAGCAGUUGAUCGCCACAAAUAACAUUAACAAAAUGCUCCUCAUAGACUACAAGGAGAACAGGCUGAUCGCUUGUGGCAGUCUGUACCAGGGCAUCUGCAAACUCUUGAGGCUGGAGGACCUGUUCAAGCUUGGGGAGCCCUUCCACAACAAGGAGCAUUACCUCUCUGGGGUGAAUGAGAGUGGCUCUGUUUUUGGAGUGAUUGUUUCUUACAACAACAUGGACGACAAGCUGUUCAUUGCUACCGCUGUGGAUGGCAAACCUGAGUACUUCCCCACAAUCUCCAGCAGGAAGCUCCCCAAGAACUCGGAGGCGGAAGGAAUGUUUGCGUAUGUCUUCCAUGAUGAGUUUGUGGCCUCCAUGAUCAAGAUUCCAUCGGACACAUUCACCAUCAUUCCUGACUUUGACAUCUACUACAUCUACGGUUUCAGCAGUGGUAAUUUUGUCUACUUUCUGACCCUUCAGCCAGAGAUGAUUUCUCCUCCUGGCUCUACCACCAAGGAGCAAGUCUAUACCUCCAAGUUGGUCCGCCUGUGCAAGGAGGACACAGCGUUCAACUCCUAUGUUGAGGUGCCCAUUGGUUGUGAGAAGAAUGGCGUGGAAUAUAGAUUGCUACAGGCGGCCUACUUGUCGAAGGCAGGGACCAUCUUGGGCAGGUCUUUGGGCAUCAGGCCAGAGGAUGACAUCCUCUUCACUGUCUUCUCCAAGGGGCAGAAGAGGAAGAUGAAGUCCUUGGAUGAGUCAGCGCUCUGCAUCUUUGUCCUCAAAAGGAUCAAUGACCGUAUAAAGGAGAGGCUGCAAUCCUGCUAUAAAGGCGAAGGCACUUUGGAUUUGGCCUGGCUAAAAGUGAAGGACAUUCCCUGCAGCAGCGCACUAUUAACAAUUGAUGAUAAUUUCUGUGGCCUGGAUAUGAAUGCCCCACUCGGAGUAUCUGAGAUGGUGCGAGGGCUCCCCAUCUUCACCGAGGACCAGGACAGGAUGACGUCGGUCAUUGCUUACGUGUAUAAGAACCACUCAUUGGCUUUCGUGGGCACCAAGAGCGGCAAGCUGAAAAAGAUCCGUGUGGAUGGCCCAGUCAAAGGUGCUCUUGAGUACGAGAUUGUUCAGAUGGUGGAUACUGGGCCGAUAUUGCGAGACAUGGCCUUUUCUGUGGAUCACGAGUUUCUCUACAUCAUGUCUGAGAAACAGCUCACCCGAGUGCCCGUGGAGUCAUGCGAACAGUACAAAAGCUGCAGCGAGUGCCUCGGCUCGGGGGACCCCCACUGCGGAUGGUGCGUGCUCCACAACACGUGUACAAGGAAAGAGCGAUGCGAGCGCUCCAACGAGCCCCGGAGGUUCGCCUCGGAGAUGAAGCAAUGUGUCCGACUCACUGUGCACCCCAACAACAUCUCUGUCUCCCAGUCGAGUGUGCUGCUGGUUUUGGAGACUUACAAUGUCCCCGAGCUGUCGGAUGGUGUCAACUGCACCUUUGGAGACCUGUCAGAAAUGGAUGGCUUGGUGGUAGGGAACAAGAUCCAGUGCAUCUCCCCAGCGGCCAAGGAGGUGCCGAAGAUCAUCACAGAGAACGGCGACCACCACAUCGUCCAGCUCCAGCUCAAAUCCAAGGAAACAGGCAUGACCUUUGCCAGCACCAGUUUUGUCUUCUACAACUGCAGCGUCCACAACUCGUGCCGGUCCUGUGUAGAAAGUCCCUAUCGGUGCCACUGGUGCAAAUUCCGACACGUCUGCACUCACGAACCACGUACCUGCCGCUUUGUGGAAGGACAUGUUAAAUUCCCCGAGGACUGCCCCCAGCUGUUGCAGGUCAACAGGAUCCUGGUGCCCGUGGACGUCAUCAGGCCGAUCACGCUGAAAGCCAAGAACCUGCCCCAGCCCCAGUCGGGACAGCGGGGGUAUGAGUGCAUCCUCGAGAUCCGGGGCAAGGAAGAGAGGGUGCCCGCCUUGCGGUUUAACAGCUCCAGCGUUCAGUGCCAGAACACUUCCUACACCUAUGAUGGGGUGGAGAUUAACAGCCUGCCAGUGGAGCUGACAGUCGUGUGGAAUGGGAAUUUCAACAUUGACAACCCAGCACAGAACAAAGUCCAUCUGUACAAAUGUGGAGCGAUGCGUGACAGCUGUGGCCUGUGCCUGAAAGCGGACCCAGACUACGAGUGUGGCUGGUGUGAAGCCCAGAACCAGUGCACACUGAAGCAACACUGUCCCAACCUGGAGAGCCGGUGGCUGGAACUCUCUGGAAGCAGGGGCAAGUGCACCAACCCCAAGAUCACAGAAAUCAGCCCGGUAAGGGGACCCCGAGAAGGAGGGACCAGAGUGACCAUCCGGGGAGAAAAUCUGGGCCUGGAGUUCCGGGACAUUGCAUCACAAGUCAAAGUGGCCGGAGUGGAGUGUGUUCCCCUUGUUGAAGGAUAUAUCCCAGCAGAGCAAAUAGUCUGUGAGAUGGGUGAGGCCAAACACAGCCAGCAUGCUGGGAAUGUGGAAAUCUGCGUGGCUGAGUGCAAGCCAGAGUUCACAGCCAAAUCUUCUCAGUACUAUUACUUCACGAUCCUGACCCUUUUCGACCUCAAUCCAAAGCGAGGCCCGAUGUCAGGCGGCACUCAAGUCACCAUCACCGGCAAAAACCUGCAUGCUGGCAGCAAUGUCUCUGUGCUGUUUGGGGAGCAGCCCUGCGUCUUUCACGGGAGGACUGCCGACUACAUUGUCUGCAAUACCACGGCUUCCAGCAAUGGCUUGGAGAAGGUGGAUGUGUCUGUGCAGGUGGACAAGGCCAGAAUCCACAAGGAGCUGGAGAAAGCCAAGAUGCACCGAGAGCUGCAGUUUGAAUAUGUGGACGACCCAACCAUCCUGAAGAUUGAGCCGGAAUGGAGCAUUGUCAGUGGAAAUACACCCAUUACCGUUUGGGGCACUAACUUGGACCUCAUCCAGAAUCCCCAGAUCCGGGCAAAGUAUGGAGGAAAGGAACACAUCAACGUUUGCGAAGUGCAGAAUGAUACAGAGAUGACCUGCCAAGCGCCAGCGCUAGCGGUUGACCCAAAUAAUCAGUCUGAGCCUACUGAGCGACCAGAUGAGUUUGGCUUCAUCUUGGACAACGUCCACUCCCUGCUGAUCCUCAAUAAAACCAACUUUACCUACUACCCAAAUCCCAUCUUUGAGGUCUUCAACCCUUCUGGGAUCUUGGAUCUGAAGCCAGGGACCCCUGUUAUAUUAAAGGGGAGGAACCUGAUCCCUCCGGUUGCGGGUGGGAAUGCCAAGCUGAACUACACUGUCCUGGUUGGCGAGAAGCCCUGUCCAGUCACCGUAUCCGACGCGCAGCUGUUGUGCGAGUCUCCCAAUGUCAUUGGUCGGCACAAAGUGAUGGCUCGUGUGGGAGGGAUGGAGUUUUCCCCAGGGAUGGUGAACAUCUCCCCAGACAGCCCACUCAGCCUGCCUGCCAUCGUCAGCAUUGCCGUGGCAGGAGGGCUGCUCAUCAUCUUCAUCGUGGCCGUGCUCAUUGCCUACAAGCGCAAGUCCCGUGAAAGUGACCUCACCCUCAAGCGGCUCCAGAUGCAAAUGGACAACCUGGAAUCCCGGGUUGCCCUGGAGUGCAAGGAAGCUUUUGCAGAACUGCAGACCGACAUCCACGAGCUGACGAGCGACUUAGAUGGGGCUGGCAUUCCCUUCCUUGACUACCGGACGUACACGAUGAGGGUGCUCUUCCCCGGCAUUGAAGACCAUCCUGUGCUGAGGGAUCUGGAGGUCCCUGGGUACCGGCAAGAGCGGGUGGAGAAGGGCCUGAAGCUCUUUGCCCAGCUCAUCAACAACAAGGUCUUUCUCCUCUCCUUCAUCCGCACCCUCGAGUCCCAGCGCAGCUUCUCCAUGCGGGAUCGGGGCAACGUGGCCUCCCUCAUCAUGACGGUGCUGCAAAGCAAGCUGGAGUAUGCCACCGACGUCCUCAAGCAGCUCUUGGCCGACCUCAUUGACAAAAACCUGGAGAGCAAGAACCACCCCAAGCUGCUGCUCCGGAGGACAGAAUCUGUGGCUGAGAAGAUGCUUACAAACUGGUUCACCUUUCUGCUCUACAAAUUCCUCAAGGAAUGUGCCGGGGAACCUCUCUUCUCCCUCUUCUGUGCCAUCAAGCAGCAGAUGGAGAAGGGGCCGAUUGAUGCCAUCACUGGAGAAGCCCGCUAUUCCCUAAGCGAGGACAAGCUCAUCCGGCAGCAGAUUGACUACAAGACCUUGGUUCUGAGCUGCGUGAACCCUGAUAAUGUAAACAGCCCCGAGAUCCCAGUGAAGAUCCUGAACUGUGACACCAUCACGCAGGUCAAAGAGAAGAUCCUUGACGCCAUCUUCAAGAAUGUCCCUUGCUCCCAUCGUCCCAAAGCUGCAGACAUGGAUCUAGAAUGGCGGCAGGUGAGUGGGGCCAGGAUGAUCCUUCAAGAUGAGGAUCUCACAACCAAGAUUGAGAAUGACUGGAAGAGACUCAAUACCCUGGCCCACUAUCUGGUCCCAGACGGCUCCGUGGUUGCCCUGGUCUCCAAACAAGUUACAGCCUACAAUGCUGUCAACAAUUCCACCGUCUCAAGGACCUCCGCUAGCAAGUAUGAAAACAUGAUCCGCUACACCGGCAGCCCAGACAGUUUGCGCUCCCGCACGCCCAUGAUCACCCCCGACCUGGAGAGCGGGGUCAAGAUGUGGCAUCUGGUGAAAAACCACGAACACGGAGAUCAGAAGGAGGGCGACCGGGGGAGCAAGAUGGUGUCAGAGAUCUAUUUGACCAGGCUGCUAGCCACCAAGGGCACUUUACAGAAAUUUGUUGAUGACCUCUUUGAGACGAUCUUCAGCACAGCGCAUCGGGGCAGUGCCCUGCCUCUGGCCAUCAAGUACAUGUUUGAUUUCCUAGACGAGCAGGCGGACAAGCACAGCAUCCAUGACCCUCACGUGCGGCACACCUGGAAAAGCAACUGCUUGCCGCUAAGGUUUUGGGUAAACAUGAUCAAAAACCCACAGUUUGUCUUCGACAUCCACAAGAACAGCAUCACAGACGCUUGCCUGUCAGUGGUCGCGCAAACCUUCAUGGACUCCUGCUCCACCUCCGAGCACCGCUUGGGCAAAGAUUCCCCGUCGAAUAAGCUCCUCUAUGCCAAGGAUAUCCCCAGCUACAAGAACUGGGUGGAAAGGUACUACUCAGAUAUUGGCAAGAUGCCGGCCAUCAGUGACCAGGACAUGAACGCCUACCUGGCAGAGCAGUCCCGCAUGCACAUGAACGAAUUCAACACCAUGAGUGCGCUCUCUGAGAUCUACUCCUAUGUGGGCAAGUACAGUGAAGAGAUCCUGGGAGCUCUCGAUCAAGAUGACCAGGCUGGCAAGCAGAAACUGGCCUACAAACUUGAACAAGUUAUAACCCUCAUGAGCAUAGACAGCUGAAAACCGCCCUACCAGGGGACUCCCUGGGAGGGAUUGGAAGGAAACGAAGAAAAAAAAACCAAGCCGUGCCUCAGUCAAGAACAUCCUCUUUACCAAGUGCAAGUUUCUGAUUGGCUGUUGAGCAGAGUCACCUGAACAGCUCUCGACUCCUUGAAGGCUCGCGCGCCAAACCUAUGGACACCAAGCACCAAGGCCUCGAGGAUUUGAGGGACGUCUCCGUGGAGGAAUCCCUCAUGCAGGGACCAUUCAGGUGGAGCUCCCUCGUCCACAGAUUCCCCUUCUGCCUUCACCCAUAAUCCCCUCCGUUACCCUGACAGAGGGAGCCGUGCAGGUUUGCCUCCGUCAUGCUGCUUUAAUGGCUCUCCUGGGGCUCAGCGCCUCGGAGCAGGACCAGACUCAGUGUUAUUUGGGAGCUGCGCCGAGGCCAGACUUGCUCUCUCUCACCUCCAGGAAUUCCGACGGUGUGGGAAUGAACUUGGCUCUUUCUCCCACCCAACCGUGCUGCAGUUCUCCCGGGUUCUCGUCCUGGAGGGGAGGACCCAGUGGCUUGCCCCAUAGGACUGUCAUGGCAGAGGGGGCUGCUUUCCCUGUGAACUGACAGGGCUGUCAGCCACUCUCCUGGGACUGGGCAGAGAAGGAGAAGAGGUCACCUUUCCCCCUCCCAUAUCUCAAAUUGUCAUCCUUUUCUUUUUUAAUGGGUCAUUAUCCGUUUCAGUCUGUGCACACUGACUGUAUAAGUGAAAGACAGCCACACAUACAGACACACACCUUCCUUCACCUGCAGACACACCUGGUUUUCUCCAUCCACUCUUUAAAACAACAACAACAACAAAACAGUUGAGCUUCUUUUCCGUACAGCGGGAGCAUUGAUCCCUGCUAAAUCAGCAGGGCUACACCAUGGGAGGUGAAGUGGUCUCUGACGAAGUCGCCACCAGAAGGGAUCUCUCCUGCCAUCCUCUUUGAUGAGCUCCCUGGCUGCAUCUUCUGGCAUCUUUCUGGCUAACCAACUCAAAGCACAAGAGCACAAAACCUAGAAAUCUUGGAUCUAGAUACAGAUCCAGAGCAAAUCCAGAAAUGAGAACCAGCACGAUGGAGAAGAUAGAGGCACCCACCUAGGACUGAGGGUAGGGGUCCAGGAAAAGAGGGCACCUCUCAUGCCCUCCUAUUGCUUCCUCAGCGGCAGCCAUGCAGCUGAUGGGGGUUGGAAGGGAAAGAGAGUUGACUGCUUGGAGUCACGGACGAAAGAACUUAUGAACCGCAUAGUCCAAGGAUUCUCAAACUUGGGUCCCCAGAUCCUGUCAAGACUACCACUCCCAUCACUUUCAAUGGCCAUUUAGGAUGAUGGGAGUUGUAGUCUCUGAGCAUCUGGGGACCCAGGUUUGAGAACCCCCUGGCAUGGUCUACAGUGUGCCUUUUUUCAUGAAAUGGCAAUUGGGAUUGGAAUAGUUUGGGAUGAGCCUUUUCCACCAGAUACCUGGAUGCAUUGUAAACUGAGCAGAAUCCAACCAGGGAAAGUACUUCUGCCUUGCAUUGAUCUGAAUGGGAGCAUUAACCCUGCUUUCCCACUGAAAUCUAUAUGAUGUAAAGUUCUUAUGUUGUGGCUAGGCCAUGCCCCGCAUCUGGACAACAAAUACUGAAUUCUCAUUAUGACCUUUGAAUGUUGUAACACAGGGGCAGCCAACUUGAGGCUCUCUAGCUUUUGCUGGGCUAGGUAAAGGUAAAGUGUGCCAUCAAGUCGAUUUAAACUGGCGCCGACAGAGCCCUGUGGUUGUCUUUGGUAGAAUACAGGAGGGGUUUACCAUUGCCUCCUACCACACAGUAUGAGAUGAUGCCUUUCAGCACCUUCCUAUAUCUCUGCUGCCCGAUAAAGUACCAGCGGGGAUUCGAACUGGCAACCUUCUGUUUGUUAGUCAAGCAUUUUCCCGCUGUGCCACUUAAGCUGGGCUACAGCUCCUAUUAUCCCCAGCCACAAUGGCCAUUGCAGCUGGGAGUGAUGGGAGUUAUAGUCCAGCAGCAGCUGCCCUUCUUGCAACACAAUCCACCGUGAACAUCAAAAGGGAAAAAAAUCAGAAUCAAAAGUUGCCCAAAGCUCAGUGCCCAUGAUCCCCAACAAAGGAUUAAUUACAAGGCCACUGAAGUACAUGGCCAUAUUUUGUGUUGGUUCAUGACCAAUAUUUAUCCAAGGUGAAGUCUUUCUCUGGGUGUGUGUGUGUGUGUGUGUGUGUGUAGUGAAACACAAAAUGUGAGUUUCACUGCUGACAUCUGCACACAAUUGAAGUGAAGGCCCCCAUUCCUUUGAAUGGUGUUGAAUCUGUGACUUUUUCUACUGACAGUCAUGCAAAUGGGUUUCACCCAAUGUAAGAGAUGGAUGGUACAAGCAACAGUCUGAGCCCCAAAAGUCAACAGUUACCGGCAGCAAUCCAUUAAUUAGAUCAGCUUCCUAUUUGGCAGACCCUGAGCAUUGGUCCAUCUGGCCCAAGGAGGUUCCCUCUGACUGGCAGUGGCUCUACAAGGUCUCGGGCAGAGAGAGGCCUUUCCUUCACUAACUACCUUUUUAGAUGGAGAGCCCUAGCCCUUCCCCAGAUCAUUCCCUGUGCUGUCUCUCCUCUGUUGAGCAAAAGAUCUUUUAUCUUUUGAGAUUUCUCCAAAUCGGCAGUCCUCUUUCAGUGCCUGCAACCACCACAUAUCAUAAGCGGCAAGCCUCAUCUGUCCAUUUCCCACUAAAUGGCCCCAAAACUGCUGCAUCCAUUUGUCCCGAUGAGCAACAGUUCAAAGCCUCAUCGUUGUCCUUCAGCCAGUGAUGACACCUUUCACUUUAAAUAAGGUUGCCUGUACACCUUAAGAAUUCCCACUACAACCCCAUUGUGACAUCAGCGCAGGUCGUCCAAUGGCAUCAAAGGAGUUGAGGCCGACAGAGAGGGCAAAUUUGGGGGAGACACUGUAGGGCCGGGAGAGCUUACACAGUACUCAAAUUUGUUCUGCCCUGUCAGGCACAUGCUCAUCUGACCUGUGUAUAGUCCAGACUCCACGGGGCCAUACAUGCUGUGAAUUUCCUAAUGAAGGUUAAAGGGCUUAAAGAAAGACAGUGGCUGGAAUGCAGAGCAAGGAUGAACUGGUUGCAGUGAGAGAACAGCCUAACAGAACUUGCCAACUAACUCCACUGGUGCAGCAGGGAAACAGCAAUUGUUUAUGCCUUCCCCUUCCCCAGGAAGCUGUUUGUGCCACUCCAGAAUAUGCCCCUGAGGGCUGUGGAGUCUCAGAGAUAUAUUUUCAGGUGACACAGAGGGCUUCCUGGGGAAGGGGAAGGAGUCAGAAAUUACUGCUUCCUGGUUGCAGCAGGGCAAUUAGUUGAGAAGUUCCGCUGGGUUGCUCUUUUGCUGCACAAGUGCCUCCUUGCUCUGAAUGUCAACCCCUGUACAUUUUUAAUUUGGCCCAUCAAUCAUUGAUGUGCAUGCAUGUUCCAUUUCCUUUCUCAUUUCUUUCCCAAUCAACCAUUCUUGGUGUGCCGAACAGAAUUAACCAUUCUGCAAAGUAAACAGAAGAUCUCUCCUGUUGAAGUCACCUUCAGCAUGGGCCUAUCCUGCUCCCUAUGCUAGGCUCCUUUCAAAGUAGGGACUUUGAAUAGUUUACAACACCAAGGCUACUCCCUUGUCCCAUGACAGGUGCGAAGUGGCCAUUUGAGUGUGACAGGUGUGAAGUGGCUGGACUUGUGGUCGCAAGCAUAAAUUAUCCCCUUUGCUAAGCUGGGUCUGCCCUGGUUGCAUUUGAGCAGGAGACUACAUGUGAGCACUAUAAGAUAUUCCCCAUAACAGGUGGCAGGGUAUCUUAACCUUGGGCCCCCAGAUGUUGCUGGACUACAACUCCCAUCAUCGUCAGCCACAAAGGCCAUGUCUAAGGAUGCUGGGAGUUGUAGUCCAGCAACAUCUGGGGGGCCAAGGUUAAGAAACCCUGACAGGUGGGGCCGCUCUAGGAAGAGCAUCUGCAUGCUUGCAAUCCAAGGCUGCUCUAGGAAGAGCAUCUUGCAUGCUUGACAAUUCCAAUUCCUAUUCUGGCACCUGCAGAAUAGGGCUGGGAGAGACUUCUGCCUCUAGCCUUGGAAAAGCUGCUGCCAGUCUGUGUAGAUAACCCUGAGCUAGAUGGACCAAUGGUCUGAUUCAGAAUAAGGCAGCUUACUAUGUUCCUGUGCUCCUAACUGUGCCGGAACUGAAAUUAUUGGCUGUUGCUUGACAUGAGGAGUAACAUAACCAUUGCUGAUCAAUUGGGUGUGUGAUUAGCAGGACAGGAGAAAGAUGGCUGCUUCUGUGCAGUUGGUGUGAGUGCUGGUCGAGGAGGGGUCUCCACCAUUGAGUUCCCAGAUGCUGUUGGGCUAAACUCCCAAUCAUUGCCAGCAACAAUGGCCUCCCACAACAUCAGGGGACUCAAAGGUGGGGACCCCUGAGGUAAAGGAAGAUUUGUGGAUUGGAACCUGCACAUCUUCCUGCUCCUUUCCAGGGUUUCUAGAGGAUGGUGUGCUAGGAAUCCACAAUGUUUCACCACCACCUUUAUAUUUUGAGUUGGUUCUGUUGGAAUUGCAUAUAAUAUGAAAAGCUCUGGAUGCAGGGGAGAGGGAUGGGAAGAGCCCUGCUGGGCAGCAUUACAUGGCAACAUACACACAUACAGGAGAGAGAGAAAGUUUGUCUCGAAUACACAAAAUAUUAACCAUUUUUUAAACACGGAAGAAACCAAAGGUUUUUGACAAACCAAGUGCCCCAGGUGACAAAGAUGGGAGAUAUUUUCAUGACUUUCUCAGAUUCUAAGAACGGAACGAAAGCAAAGCUGCUGGGAGGGGAUUCUUGAGAGCAUGGGUCCUGGAUGAAGGUUUCUUUGCACACACCGGGGAGGAGUUGGGGUGGGGGUGGGUGGGACCAUCCAUAGGGGGAAAGGGAUCAGAAAAGAAACAUGACUUUGCACAGUUAUUGAAGGGGAAACAGGAGGAACUGAGAUUCAGCAUGCUUCUGGUUAAAGAGGUUUUAAAAACAGUGAUGGUUUUGGUUUUAAAUUUUUUGCUGGUAUAGACUUGAUCAACAUAUUAUUUGAAACUUGAACACCUCAAAAGACUGAACAGAACAUAUCAAAAGAAUUUGUCAGAAACGGGAAGCAGUGUGAAAGCCCCCCCCCACCCCCCCAUCUAUUUCCUCUUUCUCUCCUCAGACCUAGGAGUUUUAAACAAAUCUCUAUUUUGGUUCAUUUUUAUUUUUGUAUCUCAGAAUUUGUUUGGGUCCUUUAUUAUUCAAUUUAUUUUGGAUUUAUUGUUGUUAUUCUUUUUGGUAGCCUUGAAAUUGUGCCAGAAUUGUGAUGUGAAUGUGUGAGCUCUUCUCUCUUCUGUAGCAAGCUCCUCUGUCCACAAUCUUGGCUUCUAAUUCCCCUUUCAUUUUCUUUUUUAUGAGCAUGUAACAUACAAUUAAAAAUGAACGAAACAGGAGGCGGAAUAGAUUUUGUUCUGAUUACAGGGAUGAACAUAGAUCAAUAUCCAAUAGCAACAAUUCAGAUAUUAGUAUGGGGACCUGAGUAUGGGCGAAUACUCCAGUUUUAAAACUCAGCUUUCAAGUACAAGCUUUUCCAGUGUUCAAUUUAGUAAACAUGCUGAAUAUUGCAAUAUAUAUACAUAUAUAUAUUGGUGGAAAUUCCAUUUUGCUUGCUUCUUGGCUGAUUCUCCUUGUCCCAAAUUGCAAAAGAGUCCUGUGGAACCUUGAAGACUAAACAACUGUAUUGUGGUGUGAGCAUUUAUAAGCUGCAGCCUACUUGGUCAGAUGUGGUUGCCACCAAAGAGGAUAGGAGAUUCCAACUGUAACCACUCACUCACCCUGUUUGGUCAUUUGGAAAAUCUUGUGUUGAGGUAGAACCAUUCUUAGACACCACCUUGUUUCAUUUUCAGGCUGGCUCAAAGCCUUUCACGGCACUGCAUGAUCUCAGAGGUGCUUGUAAUCUGGGUCCCACGUUGCACAGAACCAUAGGUGCUCUCAUCCCGAGCAUUGCAAUGCAGGUGGUAGGGACCUCGCCUGCACUGUUGUUGACUUGACACCAGUGUGCACCAGGGCAUAAUGCUGCUCAAACACAGUUGUGCAGCAGGAUUCCCAAGGCACUACUGGAUUUGAACAAAAUUAUGCCGGAGACGAUCUGCCCUGGUGCACAACUCUGCCACAGGGCUUCUGCAUUUCACUGUGCAGUGUGGGAGUGAGAAUCAUAGAAUGUCAAAAGGGACCUAAGCUAAGCAGGGUCCACCCUAGUUGCAUAUGAAAGGGAGACUAGACUUGUGAGCACUGUAAGAUAUUCCCCUGAGGGGAUUGAGCCACUCUGGGAAGAGCAGAAGGUUCCCAGCUCCCUCCCUGGCAGCAUCUCCAAGGUAGGGCUGAGAGACUCCGGUCUGCAACCCUGGAGAAGCUGCUGCCAGUCUGUGCAGACAAUACUGAUCUAGAUGGACCAAGGGUCUGACUCAGUGUAAAGCAGCUUUCGGUGAAUGAUCAUAGGACUCCGACAACAACGACAAAUAUUUAUAUACUGCUCUUCAACCUACUGCUGCCAGUCUGUGUAGACAAUACUGAGCGAGGUGGACCAAUGGUCUGACUCAGUAUAUGGCAGCUUCCUAUGUUGCAGCCCUUGGAGAUGUUACUACCCCAAGUAACUCACUUGGAUUACUUGCAGAGCGAGGUCAGCCCUGUCUUGUGAACAUCUCAUAGAUCGUGUACCAUAGCUACAUUGGCUUAAAGGAGCUGCGCCCACUCACUCCGGCCAAGGGCUUCCUUUAAGCCUAGCCCAUGCCUCCCCAAAAAAUGUGGUAGUCAAACAAAGAAGGCUUUAAAUAGGGGAUCUGGCCCAACGGGCUGUUCCUCUUCCCAGUCCCCCUUGCUUCCACAGUCAGUCCUUCAUGAUAUCCUCACCCACACAGCGUUUAGAAACGAUUCCUUCCCAAUCAUCAGUUGCAAGGGAAACCAAUAAGGGGACAGCCUAGAUUAGAAGAACUUCAGAGCUGCUGGUUUUCUAGCAAGACCAGAUUGAGUCCAGAGCCAACCAGGGUCCUUGUAAAAAGGAUAAUUCCCAGAUGUUGCUGACUACUACUCCCAUAAUCCCCAGCCAAAGGCCAUUGCAGCUGGGGAUGCUGGGAGUUGUAGUCAACGACAUCUGGGAAUAAUCCCCAUUACAGGGGGAAACACUGGCCUCAACCCAUAUCAGCAGAACAUAAUGCAUAACACAAACCCUGCAUCAUCAUGUUAGGCAGGAGAUCUCAAAACCACAUGCUUAUUUAAAGCAACAGGACAACUCAUUUCAUUUUUCAUUUCAUUUUUUAGAUUUAUAUCCUGCUCUUCCUCUGAGGAGCUCCAGUGUACAUGCUUAUUUUUAUCCUCACAAUCACCCUGUGAGGUAAGUUAGGCUGAGAGAUAUAUGACUGGCCCAGAGUCACCCAGUGAGUUUCGUGGUUGAAUGGGGAUUCGAACUCGGGUCUUCCUGGUCCUAGUCCAACCACUACACUAUGCUGGUGCAGCUACUCUGAACCACAUGUUGUUCCAAACAUGCCAUCCACUUCCACUGGAUGUGAUAAACGAAGUUUCUAAUUGGAAUUGAAAGUCCCUGGCAUAGCUUGAAAAUACAGUAUUACAAAGAGAGAGAGAGAAACGAUCCUGGAUUAGGAAAAUUUGGGCGUUGCUUUAUAGAUGUUUGCUUUUUUUGGUUUUGUUUGUUUCCUUUCCUUUUCUAAUGACCCUUGUUUCAAAAGCAAAAAGGAAUCAUUCAAAUGAUAACUGCUUAAAAAUGGAACCCUGUUGUUACUUGGUAAAGCUUCUGUACCUUUGUUAUACUUAAUUGUAUACCUGUGUAUGUAAAUAUAAGGCAUUCCUAUUUUGCAGUCCAGAACAAAAAAAAAAUUAAAACUAUUUGUAAUAUAGAAUAAAGUUUAUUACAAAAUAAAUGAAAAAAGCCGUA